CCAUGUCCCUUUUUGUCUCAAAAGGUCUUAAGUGGUGUGACGCACAUAUCUUUUCUUUAUAACUGUUCAAUCAUUGUGGAGUACUAUAUAGUUGAACAGUUGUUUUAUAUAAUAACCAAGAAACAUGGUUAUAUUCAUUUUCUUCAUUUCUCUUCUAUUUUAAACUAAUAUAAAACCAGUGUUCAAACUUAUAAGAUGUAAUAGUCAACAUUAAGAAAGUAGAUGAAGAAGUGUACAUAUAGUCAAUUGGGACGACGCACGCAUAGCAUGUUCGACCGUCAUAGGCUGAUUCUAUUUCAUUUUGAAUUCGGUUUAUUUGUAUAGUUAUGGCCUAAUAUUCUCUUCUCUCUCUCUUUUUUUUUCCUUUGUUGGAACAAAAAAAUUAUGUUAAUCGUGGUGUCAAACCCGACUCUGGAAAGGCUCAAAAAAUUUGGACUGAAAACACAAUUUUAAAAAAUAAAUUUACUAAAUAUUUAUUUUAAAAGGUAAAAGUGUUACUAACACUUACUAGAAAGAUUCGAACUCUUUAUCUAUAGCCUAAAACUUUGAUGGGCCUUUUUAAACUUGUUAUCAUUUAACCUUUCAUGGGCCGUUUUGAAAUAAGUGACUGUCAAAUGCUUUGAUUUUUCUAUUAUUUUACUGUUGACUUUUUAGGGUUGAAACUUGAAAAUUCGAAUGCGAACAAGACCGCCAGUUUUCUCUAUGUUCACACUGUCUCCAACAAAUCAUUCCAUCGAAACUCGUAACCACAAUUUUCAAAAUACUCUUUCAUACUGUUUCCCUGUGUAGUUGAUAAAUCAACAUUUCUCCAAAUCCAGAUGGAUCCUUACACAGAAACUGGAUCAGUGAAUCUUGAUUCAUCCUUGUGGCCACAUGCUUCUAAGUCAUUACCAGAACUCUUAACAGAGAUAUGUCAGAAAGCUCAAAAAAUGCUCAAACUGAUCAAAGAUGGUCAACCUGAGUCAACAGAUAUUUUUCUUACCUUUUAUCAGUCUCUUGGUGAGUCUUACAAUCAUCUGAACCAAGAGCUCCUCAACGGCUUCCUCAAUUUUGAUAUUAAACCUUCAUCUUCAGACAAAAACAGUGUCUCUUUUAGAUCUGAUAGCUCUCCUUCUCUGGAGUUUGAUUUGGUGUCAGGAGUCUCUUACUCAUCUCUUAAGCUGAAUGAUGAGGCUGAGAAGAAGGACCAGUCUGCAUAUAUGCUUGCUGAUUUCUUCAGUGACGAGCUUAGGACUGCACUGAGAGAUCUAGAAGAGAGAAACACACUGGUGGGCGAGAUAGAGAGCAAGCUAUCUGAUUCAAGCGACAAAAUCAAGACUCUAGAACGAGAGCUCGACGAGUGCCAUGAGCUUCUAGAGGUAUCAGAAGUCGAGGUUUCGAAACUGAAUGAAAUGUUGACCGAGAAAGCCGACAAUGGUGCUGACUUGUUGUUAAAUACCCUGAGAGCAGAGCUGAGGUCGAGAGAUGUUCAGAUCGAGCAAAUGGAGGAGUAUUUGAACCAGGUGUGUGUCAAAGACACUGAGCUUCUGUCUGAUGAUGAGUCGGGAACCAACAACAGUGUCGUGGAAGAAUUGAAAAGUAGAGUUGAAGAGCUGGAGGAUCAAGUGGAGAAGCAGAGUGAUGUGAUAUCAGAAAGAGAGGAAGAGAAACGGGAAGCUAUAAGAGAGCUCUGUUUCUCUCUUGAUCAUUACAAGAGCAGAUACACUGAACUUGUAAUAUCACUUUCAGGCAAUAACUAACAAGGUUUCUAUUAAGAUCUAAUUUCAUAAUAUAAAAGUCGCAUUUAGCUUCUGACUAGUUCAAGUUAAUGAAGUUAACAAGCAAAUUACAUAAAUAUUCCAAUACGAUUACCACACCAUAGCCUUUUUUUUUACUGUUUUUAUAUAAAAAAUUAAUAAGAAAAAAAGAGUUAAUCACUAAUAUAAUAACCACACAAUAAUUAAAAAAAAGAAGAAAACAAGUCAAACAAAUCUAACCAACUUUUUAAGGAUCACCAUGCAAGACACACAUUACUAGUUACAUUAUUCUAUCUGUAAAUUAGACUUCCGAUAAAAAUUUCAACCAUCAAACUAGUAAACGUAACUUUUUUUAUAAAAAAAUACUCAUAAUCCUAUUUGCAUUUGUAAAAUAUCACAAAGAACAAUGUCUUCAUCAAAGCUCGCUAUCUUUUGCAUCAUUAUGAUUACCCUACUUCCUUUUCAUGAAUUCGUUGAUGGCCAAGGUCUUAAAGCAAGAAAUGCACCUCCCCGAUAUUGCCAGGAACGCAACUUUUGUGACGCCCUAACUGUCAUAUGUUAUGUAUGUAACACCUGAAUUUAUAAAAAAAGGGUCUACACGAGCAAAAAAAUAUGUACUGAGGUGUGCAAGCCAUAAUUUAUCUCGAGACAUGCGAAUAACACUGAAUAAACGUGCAUUUUAAUGCCUAAUUUAUCUACUUCCGUUUUCCAUUAUAAUAUCGUACGGAUAUAUUUUUUAUUUUAUAAAUGAAAAAUGAUUGAUGACUACAUGAAGUAUUGGUCAUCACAUGAUUAACCAUUCAAACAAAAGUAAUGUAUAUUUAGCUACACAAAGUAUUUGUUAUACAUGGCAACAUAUCAGUUUAAUGAUGUUAUGUAUUUAACAUCACGAGUUUAAUUUCACUCAUCCAAAAAUAAUGUGAAUUUCAAAGACCGUUUAAAUCUCCCGUUUUAUAAUUAAAAUAUGACGUACCUGAAGGUAAUUUAACUAAAAUUAGAUUUUGAUUCGCGUUCUAAAACCGUAAGAAUAUUUUUAACAAAAUAUAAUUUAAAAAUCAAUAUGUUUUAUAUUUGAUAAGUAGUGUUUUAACAUUUUUAUAUUAGUAUAUUUGAAAACUAUAUAAUUAUAUUAUUUUAAUUUAUUAAAGAAAAAAUGAUUGUUGACUACAUGAAGUAUUGAUUAUCACAUAGUUAACCAUGCAAACUAAAAUAAUGAAUACCUAACUACACAAAGUAUAUAUUAUACAUGAAAACAUCUCUCAUCUUAAUGAUGUUAUGUAGUUAACAUCACGGAUUUAAUUUCAUUGAUCCAAAAACUGAUGUGGAUAUCAGAGACCGUUUAAUAUCUCUUUCCAUCAAUUAAAAUAUUACUGACCCGACCGUAGGUUAACUAAAAUUAGAUUUUAACCCGCGUUUAAAAAGCGUAAUAAAAACUAAUACGUAUCCAAAAUACACUUAAGAUAUUAUUUCCAAUGUUUUUCAUUUUAUGAGGGCUUGAUUUUUUGCUUUAUGCUUUCAUUUGGUUUUCUUUCUAUCAAUAACUAUGUUUAUCUUUCGUUUGAUUUUGAAUGAUCAUGUUUGAUGUUUUUUUAUUAUUUAUGAAUCGAUUUUACUUAUGUUUUGAUUACAAAGUAGGUACAAAUCAAGUACUUUUAAAACAGGGAACAUAUUUUACUUAUGUUUUGGUUAGUAUAAAUCAAGUAAUUUUAAAUCGAAGAAUCGAUUGGGACCUGAACCCGAAAGUACAUCGGAUUGUACCGGUUCUUUGAAGAUUUACUAACCCCAACCCGAACCCCGAUAGAACCUGAACCGGUCUGGAACCAAACUUUCAUAUAAUCCAAAUGUGGUUGUUUUUGAUAAACCUAAAAAACCGAGAUCCGAUUGGACAAAACCAAAACCCAAUUGGGACCCCGAAUGCCCGUGCCCUAUGAGUGUAUUCUUAAUGUUUGACGAACUUUUAGAUAAUCCUAAUUUUCAAUUUUUAUUUUUGCUGGAAAUUUUUGUGACUUAAGGUAUAUACUCAAACUUUCUUAUUCUUUUUUUACGGCAAGAUAUAUAUUUAAAUUUUAUGGGUUUAAUUGGUUGACUUCCUGUUUUAUAGGAAGUUUGGUAUGUUAUUUAUUUAAAAUCACAUUAGAUAUGUUCUAAUUUAAUUUAUAAGCUUAGGUUGUUAUCUUUUAAUAAUAAUCUAGAAAUGAUCCAGCAUAGACUUUUGAAUAGUAGAUUUUUAUAUUGACUCUAUUUUAAUCUAACUUAUACUAAAAGGGGAUAUCAAGCCCUCUCACCGCAUCCACGUCAGCUGAAAAAUUCAGCCAAUAAGAAUCAAUGUUUUUUCCACAUCACCUAUGUCUUCUCUGUGUGGGCCUCUACGUUUCAUUCUCCGUAUGGGCCUCUACGUCAGCAUCUUUUUAUUAUUUGUAGGUCUCACAAAAAUUCAAUUUAGAAUCUCUUAAACUAAUAACGAGUUAACCUAAUCCAAUUCAUUGCUCUGUCUUCCACUUCCUCUGUUGGCUUGCCGCCUGCGCCCUUUCACUUCUCAUAUCAUUCCCCUCUCCAUUAUUAAUUUUUAUAUAACUUCAACAAUUCAAGCGUUUCGUAACUGAUAGAGGGAGACCACUAUAAAUAGCAGAGGCCCCAGCACCAAGACCAACAUCUGAUCUCCCUGCAAGUUACUAUCCAACAGUGUCUGCGGCCGGCGAUGCUCUUGCUUCCCCAGCUGUGGUUCACCAUGCUACUUUUGAUGAUCUUCGUCAUAGAUGUUUGGGUGGCACGGCUUCGUAUUAACCCGUAAGCCCAAUAUUCACGAUUCCAGUCAAAGCUUGAAAUCGUUUAGUUUAGGAUCUCAAUUUCUUUCACUUUUGUAAGUGUUUGUAAUAAAAUAACUGAAAAAGUGGUAUUUGUUGUAGUAUUUUCAUAUAUUUAUGCUCAUUUAUGUGAUUUGGCAGAUUGCAUGCAAGGCAAGGGAACCUUAUGAUUUCCAACCAGGUGUCUUAGCCGCUGAUGCUAUAACUCUUGCAUUUGUUUGUCUUAAUUUAUUUAAUGUAUGAAAAUUCAUGGUAUACUUAAUGAUCCAGUUUAUGUUGAUUUACUGAUAGAGACUAGAGAUUGCAUGUUUAUAUUUGUCAUAUCUUUAAUUCUCUUCGGCCAUUUUCUUUAGGACGCCUUUAUUUUUUAGAUACCUCUUAAGCAUAGUUAAGCAUGAGGUUCUCUUAUAUGUUGAAAGUUUUUCAGAAAGUAAAUGUAUGUCUCAGACUCCUUGAUAUGCUUGGUUUGAUGAGUGUUUGUUUUAUGAUAAAGUAAAUCUGAGGGAAAGAUAUGAGAUGGGAUUUUUUUGAUAAUCUAAAUUAUUAUUGAAGCUUCAACGGCUGAUAUUAGCAAAGCUCAAAAAAAAAUGAAGGAAAGCUGGCGAAAUAGCAAUAUAGAAAUUGUAGUUGUGGCUUUUUAAUUCAUCUACUUAUAGUUUUGGCUUUUUCAAUGCGUUGACUAACUCCAAUGUGUAAACUUUUUCAUUUUCUGGCAUUUGGCAAUUUCUGUUAUCAAUGUGUUGACUAUGCAUUUUUGUAAUCAUCUCCAUAUAGAAGCUAGCGGAAGUACCAGAUAUAAGCAUAUUCUCAAGGCUUUUGGUCUUUGACGUAUCUUUCAAUGAAAUCACUUCGUUGGAAGGAUUAUCAAAGGCCUCUAGCACGUUGAAGGAGCUCUAUGUGUCUAAGAAUGAAGUUAACAAGAUUAUGGAGAUUGAACACUUGCACGACUUGCAGAUUCUUGAGCUAGGGUCCAAUAGAUUGCGGGUUUGGAUUUGUCCUGAUUACUUUACAAUGUUUUAGCAAUGAAUAUGAAAGCAUUGAGGUUUAUUCAGGUGAUGGUGAAUAUGGAGAGCUUGACAAAGUUAGAAGAGCUGUGGCUGGGAAGAAACCGUAUCAAAGUUGUGAACUUGUGUGGGCUCAGAUGCAUUAAAAAGAUUAGCUUGCAGAGCAAUCAAUUGACCUCUAUGAAAGGAUUUGAGGUGUGUGUUGUUUUACCUUUAUGCAGUUACUCUUACCAUCAUUUUAUUAAAUCUGAUGCAUUGAAAAAAAUAUGUGUGGACAGGACUGUGUUGCUCUUGAAGAGUUGUAUAUGAGCCAUAAUGGUAUCUCAAAAAUGGAGUUGUGAACUUGUGUGGGCUCAGAUGUAUUAAAAAGAUUAGCUUGCAGAGCAAUCGAUUGACCUCUAUGAAAGGAUUUGAGGUGUGUGUUGUUUUACUCUUACCAUCAUUUUACGAAAUCUGAUGCAUUGAAAAAAAAUAUGUGGACAUGACUGUGUUGCUCUUGAAGAGUUGUAUCUGAGCCAUAAUGGUAUCUCAAAAAUGGAAGGCUUGAGUGCGUUGGUUAACCUACGGGUAUUAGACGUGUCGAACAACAAGCUCACAUCAGUUGAUGACAUUCAGAGCCUCACAAAGCUGGAAGAUUUAUGGCUUAAUGACAACCAGAUAGAAAUACUUGAAGCUAUCACAGAAGCUGUUGAAGGCUCUAAAGCUAACAGCUUUCCCGGAUUCUCCAUGUAAAAAUGGAUGCUAAUGUAACUGCAAACUGUGUUCAUUCUGGAAUCGUGAGAACGCGUCUCACAAGAGACCGAGACGGCCUCAUCACUGAUUUUGUCUUUUUCUUGACCUCUAAGCUUUUGAAGUCCGUUCCUCAGGCAGCAGCAACGACAUGCUGCCUAGCAACGAGUCCGAGAUUGAGGAACGUGUGCGGCAAAUACUUUUCAGACUGUAAUGAAGCUCGGACUUCUAAUCCGGAUCGUGCAAUCUUAAAGCUCAGAGACUGUGGACUGCUUCUGAGUUGUUGGUCACUCCAGCUUCCACUCCCGAUGUUUAUCAAACCUUUAACUAAUUUUUAACCAACGAUGCUAUGUAUGUGUAAAGCCUUCCAAGCUUCUUGGUUGUGAAAUAUGUUAGAUCAUUUGGAGGAGUAAUAAAGUUUAUAUGUUAUCACUAAUCACAUAUAUAGAUUGAAGAAAGGCAACACAGGCAGAUAUAAACAUUGGCACGCCAAUGUAUGUACCACAAAGAUAACUAUUAAGUUAUCAUCAUAUUAAAAUCUAGGGGGCAUUAAGCACAUGCCUAAGAAAAAAAUAUUUAAAACACACUGUGUUAGUGUUAUCGGCUAAACAAGAGUUUGUUUUUAAGAUUUUUGUAAGAACAUAGUUUGUUUUUAAGAUAAUAUUGGCUUUUUAAUAUGCUUUUGCAUACUCAUUGCAUAAUUAUAUGCACUUGCAAGGCAUCGCCAGUCCUAUAUUAUACUCAAAUUUUAUGUAGUGUUUCCAAAUCUACAGUGAUGGUCUGGUUUAUAUGAUUUAAAGACUAAUUUUUGGUGGUGUUUUAAAAAAUAUUGGAUUAGUUUGGUUUGUGUUUUAUUUUUCUUUAUAAUGUGUUUCCAUAAGCUGGUUUUGAGAAAAAUAAAUUUUUUUGUUGUUUGAUAUUUUUAUUCAGUUUAUUGUUUUUAUCAUAAAAUAGUUUGGUUUUGUAAAAAUAACCGAUUUAAAUCAUCUAUUUUAAUCAGAAACCAUGUAAAGCAAUUUCAUUUCUCUUAAUUCCGUUGAUAUUUGAUCGAAAAACAUUUCUUAACCUUUAGCUAAAAAUUUUAGUUUUCAGUCUCCUUGAUAAAAGAAUUUUGGUUAGUGUAUCAAAUCAAUAUUGUAUAGCCGUAAAUUAAUUAUACAAAUGUAAUUAUUUAUCAUUUGAAAUAAACAAUGCAAAAAGCCUGUAUAUAUGUCAGUUUGUAUUUUUUGUAGACAGGGCAGAAAUUGAAAAUGUAAAAUCAAUAAUUCUAAAUACAUAAAAAAGUUUUUAAUUAAAUGUAGAUUUAACAAUUGUUUUGUAUGAAACAAAAGAUUUUAGCUGAAACUUAAGAAUAUUGACUAUUCAUAACUUUCCGUUCAUUUUAAUAAUAAAUAAACAACAAAGAGUAAUGGGUUGAUUGGUUGUUCUAUAGUUUUUUUUUGUUUUUACUUUAGAAAAUAAGCUGUGAAUUGUUUUGCUUCGGCUUUAAUUGUUUUGCUAUAUAUCUAUUUUCAAAGCACUAAAUAAAAUCUUUAGAAAAUUUGAUUUUGAAAACUAAUAUAUUAUUUUUUUUUCAAAAAAACUUUAUACUAUAUCUUUAAUUUUAAAAGAUAAAAUAUGAUUGUUUUAAAAAUAAUUUUUUUUGAAAAAAGUGGAUGUCUAAAACAUUUACCACCAUUACAAAUCAACCCCUGAAUUUAUUCAUUUCAAAUUCGUUCGAGAACAUAAUAAAUUAAUUUUUGUGUUAUUACUUAUGUUUUUGGUAGUCAAUUUUGAAAUAAUACAUAUGCAUGCUUUUAUAAAAAAAAUAAACAAGCUAAAAUUAAUUACAAAUUAUAAGAAAAAAUUUAUCCGGGCGUAGCCCGGACAAAGACCGUAGUAAAUGGUAAAAGUGACAAGUUAACAAGCAAAUUAUAUAAAUAAAUAUUGUGUUUAGACUGUACACAAGGCAUCUGUCACAUAGUGGAGACAGUUAAUUUAGUUGAACAGUGAAACCAUCUUUAUAUAUUCAUCCUUGAUAUCGUCUUUUAGUUACAUAAUACUACACAAUGGUAAACUAGAAGAAACCCAAACUAGUGAAAAGGAAGAGGAGUAAAAGCAUUUUCAAAAUCACCGAAGUUAAAGCUCAGGAGUCUUCACCGAAGUUCAAGCUCAGGAGUCUUUAUCCUUGGAUAAGCUCCACGAGAGUUUGCUUAUAACAUUUUCGUCAACUAACUUGUAUUGA